AUGCCGACAGGGGCCUCCUCGGUGCCCAGACUGUUUGAUGUCACAUUAGACUGCUUGGCCAAGAACAUAAGCACAGUUCCCAGUCUACGAGACGUUCCGGAGGACCUCGUGGUCUGCCUCUUCAAGAGAGUCAUUCAGCAGGGGAGGCUCACACCCCGCAUCCUGGAGGUGUUUGCUGCAUCGGGGCACCCCGGCAUACUGGACCUUGUCUCCGCCAUGCGCAUCCAGAGCUGGACCCCGCCCCUCCUGCUGGGCAACGGCGAGGCCUGGCUGGGCGAUAAGUCGCACCUCUGGUGA